CACAAGCUCAGCUUCUCAGUUUCGUUUCAGUCUUACUUUUUUCGUUGAACCUCCAACAACCCCAAAACACUCAACAAAACAGAAAACCCUCGUUUGUUAUGAAGAUGAUUGUUCGGCCAUUGACGCUUGCGCUGCUUGCGAUUGUGGCGGUCGUGCUCGUGCUUGGCGGGUCGCAGCCGGCGGCCGCGCAGUUCCAGUUCAACUUUGGCGGCGACGGCGGCGGCUUCUUUGGCGGCGACCAGCAGCAGCAGCAGCAGCAACAGCAACAGCAACAACAGCAACAACAGCCCCAGUUUGACAAUGACUGCUUCCGGUGCAAGGACAACAAGCACUGCGUUCCUCGUGCAAUCGACUGUCCAUGCGACGCGUCGCUCAAGGAAGUCAAGUGCGCGGUUGGCGACUGGUACACCUGCCUCGCUGCCGGUUCGCCCUGCAAGAAGCGCUUGUAGCUAUGUGUUGCGAUGGUGCAGGAAACAUUGACAAUGCCGAGAAAAAUACUCAAAGACGUGACGUGCAUCAGAACAA